AGUGGAGCCGGCGUGACCGCGAGCCAGGGCAUCGCCGCGACCUCCCGACCUCGCGACCCGGCAGCACUACAUAAGCGGGCCGCUCCGCUCGCCCUCACUCCGCGCCAUGCUGCUGCCGCUGCUGCUGGGGCUGCUGCUGACGUCACAGGCCAGGGCUGCCUGCAGCGACCCUGCGGCCAAGGCCUCCCUGGACGAGGACAGGCUGCUGGGAACGUGGUACACCGUGAAGCAGCCCAACCAUCAUUUUCUCGGCAGCGAGGUAGCCAAGUGUCCACACAGCGUGUACAGCCGCGCCGAAGAUGGACAUCUCAAGGGACUCAUCGCAAUGUACAACACCUCAUCGUCUGCCUAUACUUCCAUCAAGAUUCACUUCCACAAAGCUGUGGCCGGCUCCACGGACGGCAAGUACGAGGUCCACACCGAGGGAGCCCACGGUCGUAACAACAAGCUGUACAUAGUAGAUACCGACUACGACAACUAUGCCGUGCUGUGGAUGUGUAGCCAGGAAACUGACGAGUUGUAUUUCCUGAACACACGUCAACAGCAUCCCAGCGCCGAGGUGUUGGAGCAAGCAAACAGGGCGCUGCCUGCUGGUGACUACAGAAUUAGCGACCAGACUGACUGCCCGGCACAUGAGCACUAGCUGCCCACUCCCAGUCUGGUUAAACACUCACUUACCUUCACACGAGCACUAUCCUCCCCACUCCCAGUCUGUUUGAACACUCACUGACCAUCACACGAGCACUAGCCUCCCCACUCCCAAUCUAUUUGAACACUCACUGGCUAUCACACAAUAAGAGCUUCCUCGUGCUUGUUUUGUAAAUAAAAGCUGUGCAAUAAGUGCUGAAUAACAUAUUUUCUUCAAAAUUAUACAUGUAAAGAGAAAGUACAUAAUCUAUCAAUGUUUCGAUAUACCUAUAUGUAAUUUUAAACUGAGGAAAAUGUAUAAGAUACUUUGAAAAUGUGAAUGGUUUAUAACUAAAAUAAACAUGUGAUAUUUAGCUGCUAAA